AAAGAAUGACUAGCUAAGACCCCCCCCUCCCUGUAUGGUACCUAGCAUAGGGGGCUGCAGGGCCCCGUGAUUGGCUCCCCCGGUUACAUAAUAUCAUCGGCCAAUCCCUUGUCAACAUGCCGUCUCCUCGCCUGGAACCUCCCCCAGAGGGGCCCGCCCUGGCGCUGCCUGCGUUUUUCUCGCUUUCCUUUUCAACCACAAAAUUUCACCCAACUUCUUACCCCCCCUUCUCCCCCUAGAUACGAUCUUCACCGACUGAAGCACCACUCCACGCAGGCAAGACCGUAUCGUAGAUCGCUCAUUACCCUCAAACCAAGAUGAGUGACGCUCAGGCGACCGAGGCCGAGAAGAACGUACGUACGCACAGCAUCAUAAUCCUCCUCUUCGCCAUCCUGCAAGGGGCAGCCUCACCAUCGUCACCCCUCCGCUCCUCCACUCCUCCCCCACCUACCAACUAUUUAAUACCAUAUCCCCCGUCGCCUCUCCCGCCUGUAGAUGGCAAUCUAACUAUUCUUGCGUGCGCAGAUCGAGAUAUGGAAGGUGAAGAAGCUGAUCAAGCGCCUUGAGGCCGCUAGAGGAAACGGCACAAGCAUGAUCUCCCUCAUUAUCCCUCCCAAGGAUCAGAUCUCACGCGCCGCUAAGAUGUUGGCCGAAGAAUACGGAACCGCCUCGAACAUCAAGUCUCGUGUCAACCGACAAUCCGUCCUCUCCGCCAUCACGUCGACCCAGCAGCGACUUAAGCUGUACAACAAGGUGCCCCCCAACGGUCUCGUCGUCUACUGCGGCGAAAUCUUGACCUCAGAAGGAAAGGAGAGGAAGGUCAACAUCGACUUCGAACCCUUCAAGCCUAUCAACACGUCCCUGUACCUCUGCGACAACAAGUUCCACACCGAGGCUUUGGCCGAACUGCUCGAGUCCGAUCAGAAGUUUGGUUUUAUCGUCAUGGAUGGCAACGGAGCCCUGUUCGGCACGCUUAGCGGCAAUACUCGUGACGUGGUCCACAAAUUCUCUGUCGAUCUCCCUAAAAAGCACGGCCGUGGUGGACAGUCCGCCCUCCGGUUCGCUCGUCUCCGUGACGAGAAGCGCCACAACUACGUCCGCAAGGUGGCCGAAUUGGCCGUCCAGAACUUCAUUACCGCCGACAAGGUCAACGUUGCUGGUAUCAUCCUCGCUGGCUCUGCCGACUUCAAGAACGACCUCAAUGCCUCGGACAUGUUCGAUAAUCGAUUGCAGACCAAGGUCAUCAAGGUCGUCGACGUGUCGUACGGUGGCGAGAACGGCUUUAACCAGGCCAUCGAGUUGUCCUCCGAAACGCUAGGAAACGUCAAGUUUAUCCAAGAGAAGAAACUGAUCGGGAAGUACUUCGAGGAGAUCAGCCAGGACACCGGCAAGGUCUGCUACGGUAUCGAGGACACGCUCAAGGCACUAGAUCUCGGCGCCGUCGAGACUCUGAUCGUAUUCGAGAACCUCGAAAUCACACGCUGGGUCCUCAAGGACAGUAACGGCUCCGAGAUCGUCCUCCACACGACAAAGCAGCAGGAGACGGGCGACCGAACCCCUUUCAUGGAUAAGGAGACGGGUCAGGAAAUGGAGGCGGUUGCGCAGGAGUCCUUCCUCGAGUGGAUUGCCGAACAUUACAAGGACUUCGGAACGAACCUAGAGUUCGUAUCGGAUAGGUCGACCGAGGGCAAUCAGUUCGUGAAGGGCUUCGGUGGCGUAGGUGGUAUCCUGCGCUACAAGGUAAACUUCGAGCAGCUAGCCGAAGUGGAUGACGACGACGACUACUAUGACGAUUGACAGGUAUGAGCACCCAUCCUAGUGCCUCGGUAUGACCCCUACAGCGAUAUAUGCUGCGCGCUCCCUCAUCGUGCUAUGUUCUAAAAUAUCGCACGGUCAGAGAAGAGGGCGUUGCUCAGUACUCUCGCUUCCCGCUCCUCUCUCUCUAUGCCUACGUGCCGUGUGGCUGACCUAGAUCUCGGCGUAGUUUGAGGAAUCCCUCGUUUUUGACGAGGGGCAAGCUCAAGCAGUCCCGUCUAAGCAGACAUUUGUCGUGAAAGAGUCGGGGCGUCCUCUGCCGCAACCGCCCGCGUCCGCGCCCAAGCCCAAGCUGGCGCCGGGACGGGCGCGCAAGCCAACAGCGGCUUCGUUUGCACAACGACGCCUGAUGAAAUCCGGCCCGGCGAACCAGGUCACGACACCCAGUCCGCUUCGCUCUAUGAUGACGGCUUGAGUUGACCGAUGGCACAGAAAGGAGAUGCUAUACCGGGGGUCUAUCAAAAAUCCAGAAUGCUGGGCCUGCCUCCAUCAUAGGGCGUCACCCUUUUAAGUAGUAGAGUUCGACUUGCCAAUUUGGAGCCUCACUACUUCCUUGACAUGAGAGUACAGAAACAUUUUUACUUCUUCGCAUACCGGACGCUUGCGCACCGGCGUUG